CUGGGCGUCCGUAUCGAACUGCCUCCGGAAGCCGUCGAGCGUUGCCUGCGCGAGAUCGGCAUCGGCUUCAUGUUCGCCCCGGCCUACCAUCCGGCCAUGCGCUACGCUGCGCCGGUGCGUCGCGAAAUCGGCAUCCGCACCGUUUUCAACGUCCUGGGCCCCAUGACCAACCCCGCCGGCGUGCCCUGUCAGCUUAUCGGCGUCGGCUACCCCGAGGUUGCAAACAAAAUGGCCGAAGCCCUCCGGCUUUUCGGCGCUCACCACGCCAUCAUCGUCCACAGCGACGAUGGCAUGGAUGAACUGUCCCUCGGCAGUGAUACCGCCGGCUGGGAGGUGCUGGACGGAGAAAUCCGGCCUUACGUGGUACGCCCCCGGGACCUCGGUCUUCCUCAUGCCACCCCUGAUGACCUCCGCGGCGGCGACCCGGCAGCCAACGCCGCAACGAUGCGCGAGAUUCUCUCCGGCUCCGGUGGACCAAUCCGCGACGCCGUCGUGCUGAACAGCGGCGCCGCCCUCGUCGCGGGUGACAUGGCGGACUCCCUCGCCGAAGGAAUAGACAUGGCGGCCGCCUCCAUCGCUGAUGGCCGGGCGGCCCAAAAACUGGAUGCCAUGGUGACUUUGACCCGGGAACUGGCUCCGCAGGCGCAGUAG